CCCCCGCAACUGUAAUUUGGACCCUCGGUGGGCGUGUGUCGAGUGGCAGGACAAUUAGUGUGUACAGAGGGUUUUUAGUAGGCGGCGGGUUACUUUCACUUCACUUCUUUUCUCGUUUGCUCAUCUUUGGUAGCAUCUAGGAGUCUUCUGAGAAGCUAAGCUUAGUUUGUUGUUAUUCCUGAGUGAUUCAUAAGCAGGCAAUGGCACAAUGAGCAGAAGACGGAUCUCGGUCAAAGAGCUGGGUCAGUCAGACCACCAGGGCUGGCUGUACAGGAAGAAAGAAAGCAAGGGCUUCCUGGGUAUCAAAUGGAAGAAGUACUGGUUUGUGCUGAAGAAGACGGCUCUCUACUGGUACAGCAACCAUCUGGCAGAAAAAGCCGAGGGCUACAUCGAUCUCACCAACUUCAUGAUUGACGUAGCCAUCGAGUGCAAGAAGAAACAUGCAUUCAAAGCUUGCCACCCACAAGUCAUGAUGUUUUAUUUUGCCGCUGAAAGCCACGAGGACAUGAACCUAUGGUUAAAUAAACUUGGUCUAGCCUCCAUUCAGUAUGAGCCCACAGCAGAACGGAACACUGUAGCCGAGUGUUACAGUGAAGCCAGUGACCAUGAAGAGGCUGAAAGCACAGAGAUCCCCCCUCCACCGUACUCUGAACAGACUCUGCGGGACUCCGUGGAUGCUUCUGGUCCACCUGGUAGCACACAUCAGGGCACCCUUCCUCCCCCUUACUCCGCCGCAGUCCCCAGCGAAGCUAACGGUUCGCUCUCCUCACCCGUCAGUACGAUGACGUCGCAGAGCUCCGCCUCCUCGCUCGCCAAGCACCGGCAGUCCUGGAUGGACCUGGUCUCGCAGGCGUCUCCUCCGGUCGGGGAGACGGCAGUGGUGUGCUCAGCCCAGGUUCACUCACAUCAGCCUCCACAAGAGGAGACGGAAGAGGAGACGGUGUUGGAGAGCUUGGCCUCCCAGGACUCCUCAGAGGCAGAGUCAAAUGAGGAACACCCUGCAGCGCGGGGGGAGGAACAGAAGGCUGCAGGUGCUCAAAGCGAAGGCGAUCAUGGGAACGGCUCAGAUGAGAUGGAGAAGCUGUAUAUUCAUCUAAAAGAGGCCAGCCUGUCGCCGAUAGGAGAUCGCAAACCAUCCACAAGGAGGGAGUUCAGGGCCUCCUUCAUAAAACGCUGUAAAAACCAGACUGUCAAUGAUAAACUGCACCUCAUCAGGACACUCAACAGCACCUUAAAGUCAAAAGAGGCAGACCUGCAGACGUUAGAGCAGCUGCUGUCAGACCCCGAGCUUACUUCAGACAAGUUCAGAGCGUGGAAAGAGGCAAAUGCGCCCUUGGUGCAGGAGAUCUGCGUCCAACACGACCAGCAGGUGGCGUCGGAGGCCACAAAGGCUGCAGCAUCAGUCGUUGCUGCUCCUGUGGUGGAGACCAGCUUAUAAAGACUUUACACGACUGUUUUUUACUGUAUUUGGACUUGGAGGACUACACACACACACACACACACACACACA